GCUGUCAGGUUGUCAGGGCAAUACUUUCAAUUUGUUUAUAAAACUUUCACAAAUGAGAAAAAAUAUCUGCUGAAGUUGUUAAAGAAACUCUUAAUUGAUAAUAUUAAUUAAAAGAAAAUGUCGCUUGCCAAACGUCGAGAUAAGCCUAACAAGGACACACGCUGGGACCGCAUCCGCAAACGGUAUUUUCAGGCCAAUGCUUCAGGCCUUAAAACGGAUGCAGUGCGUCGGUUCAUAGAGGUCGACUAUGUGGGCAAGCGACAACAGCGCCAGCUGAUAGAAGGUGACGAUCCCAAGCAAUUGAAUCCUAGUGUCAUCAUGGACAUGCGACAUAAGAUGUUCAAGAAGAUUCCGCACAAACUUCCGCUGGCCACCAUAGCCCAUGGCAACACCUUGGAAGCCACCAAGGCUCACAACCGUGAGGUGGAGCAGAGAUUUGUUGACCAUCAACUGGAUAAGUUUCGCCAGCAGUUAGCCCGGCAGUUUCAGCGCAGCAAGUCCCACCGAGUUCCUCCCACAAAACCUGACUUUAAGCUAAACCACAAGCCUCUGGUAGAGAGCCUUACCCAGGCUGUCAAUCAUAUUGAUAACUUCUACAGCACUCCAGUCGAGGCCUUAAGUCAGAUGGCCCAGAUGUGCUCCGAAACCAAGAGGGCGGCAACGAAGACCCUGAUCCAGGAGCUUAGGGCUGAACCCGAAGCGGAAAAAGAGGCAGACAUGGACGGGGAAUGGGUGGAGAAUGAAGCUGAGGUACUGCCGGUACUCUCUGAAUUCCGAAAUGAGAAUGCCCUCUCCUUUGAUGCUCUGGAAUAUCGGAAGUUCGCCAAACAGGUCCAGGCAGAUGAGAGCAAGGCGAAGCUAUUGCGGUGCCGCACUCCCAGUCCGCUAACCUCGACGGAGGAGUUCUUCAAGCCCAUGCGGGCAGCAGCCGAGCGACAAAUGCUGCACGUCCGUACCGUCCGGCACGAAGAGGAAUUGCAGGAAGAGGGCAAGCAGGAUCCGGAGGAGAUAAAACCACCCUCACUGCAGAGGGAAUCUUCUAGUUGUUCGGACACCAGUGAUGGGAUAGAUUCUGUAAUCUCGGAUUUGGCCGAGGAAGCCCUUUACGAACUCCAAAUGGAGGCGGCUGAGGAGCAAAAAGAUCAGUUGAAUAAGAACCUGCCCAUUCCGCCAAAGCAUGUCCAGUUCCAGUUACCCCAAAAGAAGACUCCCACGCCGAGCACUCAUCCUAUUGAAGAGUCGGAACCAGAACCAGAGCCCGAGACUCAAGCCCUGCUCAUUCGACGCAUAGAGCUACCCAAGGUGGUGGUGAAGCCCAAAGCAACAGAAUUUCCAGAGCUGUCCAGCCCCAGCGAAGAUGAGACUGAUGUCCAGCCCAGCCACGAAAAGCAGAAGAUUAUCGACCAGCUAUUCCAGGCCAGGGCAAACACUGAGUUGGUUCUUAUGCGGAAAUAUUUUCUCAAGUGGAUACAUUUCAUCACCCUGGAGAAGAUUGAACGGGAGCAGGGACAGACCGCACAUGCGAAGGAUAAUCGAGUGCAGAAGAUAAACGCGUUUUUGGACAAGGUGCGGCAGGAGAAGAAACGUCAACGGACGUCCCAGCCCGUGGACGCGACUAAUGAGAAAAGCAAGAUCACCCAAAAAUCUCUAGAGCAGCGCGAAGAGUCCGUGAAGUUGGAAAAACAGUUUAAGAACAAGCUAAAAGUACAGCAGGAUAUCAUAGACCUACAACGCAUGAAGCUGGAGCGCCAGGAGCGGCUAAUAAUGCAGCUAAAAUUGAGUAAACUGAGCGACGAAGCCAAGGAGGCUCGGGAGGACCUCAAACAGGAGCUGAAGACUGUCAUCCGCUGCGGCGAUCCUAAGGCCAAGGCCAAGGCAAGGUGUCUGCAGUUGAUUGGCAAUCUUCGCGAUGUGGAGGACGAGGAGAUGGCCCGGCUGCAGGGAAAGGCUUUACUUCAGCCGCGAUUUCUGCAGCACAUGCAGGAACGGGCCAUGGAAAGGAGUGUGCGCCACGAACAGGCUCGCCAGCGGCGGGCUCAGGCAGAAGCUGAAAGGGAGGCAGCCAAGCUGGCUCUGGAAGAGGCUAAGCGCCAGGAAGACGAAGAAGCCAAGCGUCUAAGGAUUGAAGUACUGAAGGAGAAACGACGUCAGGAGAAGAUGGCAAAAGUGCUGAAGGAGCGGGAGCGCCAACGGUUUAUUGAGAACCAAAGAAAGGCUGUGGAGUUCAGCCGCCGCCUGCUACUGCGGCGAGUUGGAAUGGAGGCCUUCAAAAGACUGCUUCAGCGUAAACGUGAAAACUUGGUUAAAAGUGAGGAGUUCCGGCGCCGGAUGUACAAACAGAACUGCUUCCAGUCGUGGCGCAACUACACGGCCUACAAACAGCGCGAGAAGAUGAUAAAAGCAGAACGAUGCUGGCACACAAUCCUCAAGAGACGUGCCCUUGUGGCCUGGAUACUGUAUGUGCAGAAUGAGCGGAGCAAGAUGCAGGUGGCCAUAGACUGGCAUGCGCUGCAUUGUAUGGAGUUCUGGUUCGGACGCUGGCUGAAAUACACAAUCCACUGUCGAAUGAUCGAGGACACCAAGACCCGCCAGGCCAUCUCGCAUCACGAAUGGCACUUAAAAUGGAAGGUCUUGGACUGCUGGCGCCGGCUGCCUCAGAUUCUCAAAAUAGAAAAGGAGACCGAGGAGCGGCGUCAGCGAUGGCGCAUGAAGAUCUGGGAACUGCUACCCGACUACAAGCCACGCGAGGACAGUCUUUGGUAGUUAAAUAAUCUUUUUAUUAAAGUUAGUUUCCUAUUUUUAUUUAUUUUGAAUAAAUUUGAAAGUUGCGUUUA